AAAGGUGCUGGGCGGAGCCAGUCUAGCUGCCGCACAAGCUGCUGGCUGCUAAGGGCUGCUCAAGGCUUCUGCGGAGGGAAGGACUGAGACUGACAUGGAGCAGGGGAAGGGUCUGGCCGGCCUGAUCCUAGCUGUCAUUCUUCUUCAAGGUACUGUGGCCCAGUCAAAAAAAGAAAACAAUUUGGUAAAGGUGGAUGAAACUCGAGAAGAUGGUUCAGUAGUUCUGACAUGUGACUUGAACGACAAAAAUAUCAAAUGGUUUAAAGAUGGAAAGAUAAUAGCCUCUCUAAAUGGAAGUAAAACUAUAUGGAAUCUGGGAAGUAGUACCAACGACCCUCAAGGGAUAUAUUGGUGUCAAGGAUUAAAGGACACUUCAAAACCACUCCAAGUGUAUUACAGAAUGUGUCAGAACUGCAUUGAGCUCAAUGCAGCCACCGUAUCCGGCUUUGUCUUUGCUGAAAUCAUCAGCAUUUUCUUCCUUGCUGUUGGAGUCUACUUCAUUGCUGGACAAGAGGGAGCUCGCCAGUCAAGAGCUUCAGACAAGCAGACUCUGUUGCCCAAUGACCAGCUCUACCAGCCCCUCAAGGAUAGGGAAGAUGACCAGUACAGCCACCUUCAAGGAAACCAACUGAGGAAGAAAUGAGCUCAGGACUCAGAGCAGGUGUUCGUCUAUCCAGUUUUCAGAAUCAAAGCAAUACAUUUUGGAGAGAUCUUAGCAGAGAGACUUUCAGUUCUAAAUCUAGACUCAAGGUUCCCAGGGGUGACAAAUGGGUAAGAAAGGCCAUCAGAGCAAAUUUGGGUUUUUCUCAAAUAAAAUAAAAAUAAAAACAAAAAAAACAAGUAUGGUGUUUCAGAAGCGCCACCUAUUGGGAAAAAAUGUAAAAGAAAAAUGAGAAGACCAAAUAACCUCUAUUUGAAUAGAAUUUUUUUAUUUUAAUUUUUAUUUAGUUUUUUUAUAGGUCAUAACUCACAUGGCUCAAAUAUACAGUGAAAGAUCUCCCACCACCACCAUCCCCAGCCAUGCAGUUGCCUUCUUCAUAGAUAAACUAAUUUCUUAUAUAUCUUUCUGGAGGUAUUCUAGGCAUAGGUGAGCAAAUUCUCAAGUACAUAUUAUUCUCCCUUCCCCUAUUUUUCACACAAAUGAUAUCAUACCAUACAUCUUGUACUUUUCCCCCUAAUAAAACCUGAAGAUUAUUUCACACCAUAUAAAGAACUCCUUAUUUAUCUAUUGCAUAGAUACACUAGAAUUUAUUUCACCUGUCCUCUACCGAUGGACAUUUAAGUUGGUUCUAAUCUUUUAUUCUUACAACGAUGCUGCAAUAACUAACAUUGUAUAAAUCUCAUUUUAAAAAAUAAUUGCAUUGAAGUAUAAUUUACAUGCCAUAAAAGUCAUCCAUCUUAAGUGAUUCCACCUGUUCUCAGCAAUUUUUAGUAAAUUUGCCUAGUUGUACAACCAUCACCAUGAUCCAGUUUUAGGAUAUUUCCAUCAUAAGCUUAAGAUCCGUCGUGCUACUUGUAGUCACUCCCUGUUCCCACCCUCCAGGUAACCACUAAUCUCUUUUCUGUCUCUUUAGAUUUGCCUUUUCUGGACGUUUCAUAUAAAUUGAAUGACACCAUAUGGCAUCUUUUGUAUCUAGCUUCUCUCACUUAACAUGUUUUCAGUGUUCAUUUAUGGUUGUAGCAUAUAUCAGUAUUUUGUUUCUUUCCAUUGCUGAAUAGUCUAUUGCAUGGGUAUACCACAUUUUGUUUAUCCAUUCACCAAUGAACAUU